UAGAGUAAUCUGUGUCCUGUAUUAUUAUUAUUGUUGCAGGUUGAUUUUAACAAUGGAAAGUUUGAUUCUGAUUGUUCUGGUUGUGAUUCCAGGUGUCUUGAGUGGAAAUUGGAGGGUGACCUACAAAGAUCAUUGUGCUUUAAAAGGAACAUCAGUCAUUAUCAAGUGCGAGUACGACUAUCCUUUAGGUCACAUUGUCACUUCAGUCAGCUGGUCUAAAGCCUUGUUUGUAUCUGGCAAGUGGAGGCAGUAUUACCUUUCAGGACUCUCUUCGCCCCCAGACCACUUUAAAUAUGUGGGCAACUACUGGAGUGACUGCAGUCUGAAGAUCAGUGAUGUCCAGGACACGGAUGAAGGAGCAUAUUUUUUUAAUUUUGUGACAACACUGGACAGAUGGAGGAGUAAAACAUCAGCUCACUUGUCUGUAAAAAAGCUGACCGCUGUUGUGCAGCCGAGCACAGUGACAGAGGGAGAUAAGGUCAGUCUGACCUGUCUGCCGGGUUGUCCUACGCCUGUGAACAUUGUCUGGUUCAGAGAUGGACAACGUGUACCAAAUCCAGUCUUCCAGGCUAGGAGAGAGGAUGCUGGGAGGUAUUAUUGUGCUGUCCUGGGACAAGAGGCAGUCAGAUCUGCCUCUGUGGCUCUCAGUGUUGAAUAUGCCCCCAAAAAAGUCACAUUGUCGAUGAGUCCUUCGGUCAUGAAAGGGAGUUCAGUGACUCUCACCUGCAGCAGUGAUGCCAACCCACCUGUAGCACAAAGUGGAUACAGAAUGUAUAAAGACGGACACUUUCUCAAUUCAGGACAGAAACGCACCCUCUCUGACGUCCAGCCGAGCCACAGUGGACUGUACUACUGCCAGGCCUGGAACAACAUCAGCUGGAGGGGCGUCUACCUAAUCAACUCUACUGAGGUUCACCUGGAUGUCCGCUACCGUCCAGAGAACAUUUCCAUUUCAAUGGACCCGCUGUAUGUUGUUGAGGGCAGCAGUGUAAAUCUGACCUGCAGCAGUUCUGCUAACCCUCCAGCGGACAGUUACAGCUGGUACAGAGCACCUGCCUCUGGUCUCAGCUCCAUGCUCCAUGUGGGCUCAGGACAGGUGCUGUCUCUGCCCUCUGUGGAGGCGUCCCACACUGGACUCUACCUCUGCCAGGCCAGGAACAAACUGGGAGAAAACAACUCCACUGAGGUUCUGAUCACCAUGAAAGAAAAGCAGCAUGGCAUCCGGUCCCUUGCAGUCGUAGCUGGAAUUGGCAUCUUUGUUUUGCUGACACUUGUGUUAGCUCUUCUUUUGUUGUGGAUGAAACGCAGGGUCCUAGAAGAGAAAAAACUGCCUGCGCUCAGCGGGAGAGGCUCGAGCUCUUUAGCCUCUGAAGAUCCACCAAACAGUGUUUAUGCCAACAUCAACUUGUUGCCAUCAUCUCCUCCACCUGUUAUAGCCGCUCUGGACUUUAGUCCUCAUUCACAGAGGAAGUCACACCAUGGACACAAUGUAAAUAUGGUGCACAAACACAUCUCUACCCAACACAAUCAGAUUUUAAAUAAAGUGACUCCUCUCCUCUCCCCUCAGGCCCGCACGUCUUAUGAAGAUGAGGUCACCUACACAAACGUGACCAUUAAACCCAGCAGAUCCACAAGUAACUCCCGGUCCAAAGGCAGAGACAGCGACAACUCUGUGAUCUACGCCUCAGUCGUUAAAUCCAGCUGAGCUUGAUUGUAACCUUUCACUCCUUUUUAACAGUUUUAUCAUCAUGAAGAAACCUCUGUAGGCUUGCUGUGUGACGUCUUAAAAUAAGUUAUGAAAGUUCAAUGCUCAGUCUCUCAGGAGAGUUAAAUGGAGCUCUUAAAGCAAAUUUAAUAAUAUUAAAACAACACUUCUUUCACAAUUGUUCACAUUUUUUGUUGGUAUCAAUUUAUGUUUUUGCACACUUUUUUUCUUCUAUUUUGUCCAGUAAUAUUUACUGAAUACCAGUGUAGGUAUUUCAUUUUACCUUGAAUAUUUUUGAUAUACUAAAGGAAUGGCUGUAUUUAUUUUAUUCUGUUGUGUCCCUGUAGGAUACUACUGUAAAACGAUUCCUUACAGCAGUCUGUACAGAUUUAUAAAAAUGACUGAUUUUAUUGCACAGUAACUCUGUAAGAUGUUUUUAUUUCAAUACACAAUGCAAAAAUUUUCACAUUACAAAAUAUAUUUCUCUUGCACAAAUCAUGAUUGCUAUAAAUGUAUGUUAACUUAAUUUCAAAGUGGUGAGAAGUUUGGGACAUAUAUGCAGUUUGCAUUAUUUUUAGAGCUAGAAAUCAGUCCCAGAAAAGACACUUUUCAGUUGUUUUCACAUCCAAAGCAAACCUCUUUGUGUCCGGAUGUCUUACAUCGUCUGAACCAUCCAAGUUAGCAAGUAUCGACCCAAAACUUAGCAUAUUGUUGAAAUACUUUAUUGUGCUUUAUGUUAAAUAUUACUGUGGGAGCAGACAGGGAGUUUUAGUAUGCAAUACUAUACAUUGGUUAUGGCUGAGUAUACACACUCCAGCCAGUUAAUAUAAUGAGACGUCAUUCUGUAAUCAAUAUUUGCUUCAUUAAAAGAAAUAUUUUCUGAUUUCGGUUGCUAUUGCACUCUUGGCUUUUAGAUCUGUGGAUCACAAAGACAUCUUUAACAUGUCUCAUACACACAUAAACAAGACAUUGACUAAUAUUUACAAUACAUUAACAAAAUACUGAUUUCAGUAUGAGCAACUUCUUCACCAGUUCAAGAGGGAAGUGGCCAAAGACAGACCUUGAAUGAAUAAUUAUUUUUCAUACUUAAGUCAGGCUACUGCAUAUGAAAGACAUGACAUACUGUAUAUCACACAAGUCAGAGUUGAAUUAUAAAAAUAAAAAAAAAUCUUUCUGAUGUGGAAUGUUUCAUUUGUUCUGUGAUUUUACAAAAUGCUGAAAAAGCUCAACAUGUUUUAGUAAUCCAGUAGCACUACACAUGAUUGGCUG